AUGUCUAUUACAAAGACUUCACUGGUGAUCUUCCUCAUCACGAUUCUAGCAGACGAAAUCCAAAGUCGUCCAGAAGUUGACUGGUUUCACAGCGUGACUACGCGUUUACUUCGCUCAGACGAAGUCCACACAGCAUUGAUUAUACAUCAACGUAGUACAGAUUAUUCUGAUGCAGUGAAGAACGAAUUGUUUGGUAAAAUCAUGGAGACCAUGCCAAAUGUGAUAGUUGAAAUAGACGGUGGAGUUAUUAACUUGAAAGAACAGAAUUUUGGUGUUGUGUCGAAAAACACUUCUUCUCUGCUGUUCAUAUUCUAUGCAGACUAUUCUGGGGAUAAUGUGCAAAUAUAUGAAACGAUGAAUGCGAUAAACAAACUAACAGAUUUUUCAGUAAACUAUAUUCUCAUCGUACUGAGAACAUCAGAUUUGACUAGAUCUGUAGAAAAUAUUCUGCAACAUGCCUGGGAUAUAUAAAUGUCAAACACCUUAAUUGUUGAGAUUCGUUUCUCUAAAGUAUCCACAGAUAAUUCACAUUUUCUUGGUUGCGGAAAAUUGAAAUGUUACGGAGCAAAUGGCAGAAUCAACGAAGACAGUUCAGUCAAAUUGAUAAUGCAUCAAUUCAAUUUUUUCACCAAACAAUGCUUUCACGAGGAAUUUCACCACGGGGUCAAGUUAUUUCCCAAUUUUGCAAAAAAUAUGCAUGGACAUGUAAUGAAAACAUUUCGUGGGUACAAUCGGCCACUUCGAUACGGCGAAUAUGAAGAUAAGAAAAACUCAUCAUUGGUACGUAAGGCCUUUGCGUUGAUUGAUGACUUAACUCGAGUAUUGAACUUCACCACUAGGGAACAACUAAUUUUAAGAGGCGAGUGGAAAGGCUGCCGUGGCAAUUAUACCUACGAAGCUCUCACUGACUACUACAGGACAAUUAACAAAGUAGAUAUAGUCGGUCCGGUGUCAACCACAUCGGUAAGUGGUUCAAUAAUACAACCCUUUCUCUUGAGGCCAAUGAAAGAACGAGAACUGAUUAUGAUAAUUCCAAUCACGUACAAAAUCAACCAAAACUUAAUAAAUAAGACCGUUGCGAGUACUGUAAUCUUAUUAAUCCUAUAACUGAUUUGGUUGGUAGCGAUUAUUUCGAAUUUUGAUGAAAAAAUUUGCAACACAUUUGCUAUUUUCAGUGCACUGUUCUCAAUCACAGUGCAUCACCAGCCCUUAAUAACAAACCAAAGGCUAUUAUUCUUCGCCAUCGUCAUAGUGGGUUUUAUGUAUUUCAGUGAUAUUUACGCGUCUUUAACAAAUCUUGGUAUUGAUCCUUUUGUGGAAAAUAAGUAUGAAACAUUCGAACAAAUUGAUGAUUCAUGCUCGACAGUAAUAACGAGCUGGUACGAUGUUGACCCAGCUUUCGAAGGAGCAGAUGGAGUGAAAUUGAAUUUGAAAAAAAAAAGUGUAAAUGGACCCUUAAUGCCUUGUUUGGAUAUGGCAUUAGAGUAUCGUAAUGUGUGUUGUCUAACAGACAGACAAAGGAUUGACGAAUCCAGAUUCUUGCUUCGUAAAAACAAUAAUCUACAUCUAUUGAAAAUUGCAAAACCAAUUUUUGGGUCUCGAAUUGAAUCUAUUUGGUUCUGGGAAGGUACCCCCGGUAAAAAAGAAACGAUCGAGGUUAUCAAGAGACAUCGCGAAGCGGGUCUCUCGAGUGGCCUGUAUUCAACAGAUGAUGACCCUUCAUGGCUGCGAACUAACAAACAUAAUAAUGCAGACGAGAUGGACGAAGAAUCGCGGACUCAAUUGCGGAGAGAGCUUAUUUCGCUCUGUGCGUUGGGAUAUUCCCUUGCUAUCGUCGUCCUCAUUGUGGAAAUAUUCGUUUAUCGGUACAGAAAUUCGGCGAAGGGGAGAAUGAAACUGAAUGUACCGAUCGUCUUUAAAAAGAAAAUAAAACGACGAGAGUGCUGGAAAAAUCUAAACCUUCGUAUUAUUCACACCUGCGCGCUUAAAAAUUCAACACGUGUGGCUCCUCAGCACCACAGUAAUCUGCAAAUCACAACCAAUGAACUACUGGCUCAUAGCUAUGGAAAUUCGGCCAAGGGAAAGGAUAAACUCAAGCGACGUGGCGUUUUUGAAAGGACAAUCAAACAACGAGAAUGGUGGAGAAAUCUGGGCCAGCGCAUUAUUCAUACCUGCACGCUGAAAAAUUUAACUCGUAUUGCUUCCCAGUGCAAGAGGAAUCUGCUGAAUAAAAUUGGUGAACUACUGGUUCGUCGCUCCAGAAAUUAA